GAAAAAAAAAAAAAAAUAGAAUCCAACACUAAAUAUACCUUCCUCCUUUCUUAUUUUAUUCAUCAUCGAAAUGGCUGCUUCAGGAAUUGCCGUCGGUAUCAACAAGGGUCACAUCGUCACUCGUCGUGAACUUAAGCCCAAGCCUUCUAACAAGAUUGGUGCUGCUUCCAAGCGUACCAAGUUCGUUCGUAGCAUCGUUCGUGAAGUUUCUGGUUUCGCUCCCUAUGAACGUCGUAUCAUGGAAUUGAUCAAGAACUCCAGAGAUAAGCGUGCCAAGAAGCUCUGUAAGGCUAAGCUCGGUUCUUAUCUUCGUGCUAAGAAGAAGAUUGAAGAACUCACCGCUGUCAUUGCCUCUUCUCGUCGUCAUUAAGCGCAUUAACAUUCUUUUUUAUAUAAUAUAUUUCAAUUUUUAAAUUGAAUUAUUAUAAAUAAAAAAAAAAGAGUAAUCCAGAAUUUAUGCAAAGUCAA